AUGGCAGGGACGCUGAGCCAAACAUCCUUGCAGGAUGUACGGGCACAUGAGUGUGAGCCGAAGGGGGAGGAUCCUUUGGCUCCGAGGGCGAGCACUCCAGACGAGGGUAAAGAUUUUUUGGUGGCUGAUGCACUGUCCUCGGAUGACAUGCGCCUGCUCUUCCAACUGCAGGUAAUCAACAGCCAGUUGCGUUCAGAAUUGAGUUUGGAAGACGAGGACCUACCACAGGUGGAGUCUCAAACCGAUGAGUUUGUGGACCAGCUGAGGCGAGCUGCUUUGGAAGGCCACUUGCUCAAGUCUGAGCUGAAGUCCUUGGAGAAGGAGCUGUCGAGGAUGGCUGCCAAUCUCACGGAGGACGAGUUGAACAAGUGUGCCGAGAACACGCAAACUCCACUCCGAAGGUCUUCUGCUGAUCUUGUGGAACAGGGUCAACAGGUUACCAGACAAACUAUUGAGCUCAGCUCCUGUUACGAAGAGCGGGUUCGGAGGCUUGAGGCUGAAUUGCACGCGGCUGCGGCAAGCCAACUGCCUCCACAGGGGGCAGCGCCCGUGUGGAUGUUGCAGCAGCUUCAGGUGCUCGAGGCAGAUUGCGAGCUCCUGGAAAUGUCCUAUGCGCAGGCGCAAGAGAAGCGCAAGGAGCUGGAGGAUCGUGUCCUCCAAAGGCUGCACAUGGAGCAGCAAAGUCAGCUGAAGGACAUAGGCAACUUGACGGACAUCGUUAGCCACAGCAAGCGGGACGAGCCUGCCCCAAGCGUGGAGCCUCUGAAGGAAGAGGCAGCGCAGCUCCGUGCAGAGGCAGAGCGCCUGCGCGCGCAGCGUGCCAAAGACCAGGCGCAAGCUUCGCAGCAAAGCACAGCUCUUCGGCAAGAGCUCUGUGACCUGCAGGACCACUGUCAGCAAGCGUUGGCGCGACGAAGCCGGCUGGAGGCAAACGUGAAGGAUUUGAAGAACUCGCACAGCAACUUCGCCAACACCAGCCGCGAGGUGCUGGAGCUGCGAAGGGACAAGGAGCUAUUGGACAAGGAUCGCCAGAGGAUGGAGAGAAGGAUAGCCAUCCUGGAUGCGAAAAUUGAGAGCUUGCAGAAAGAGGCUGAAGACCUUCGUCAGCGUGCUUGUGUGGUCAUGAGUUCUAUGCCAGAGCAGGCAGCGACUCUCGGUGACGCCCAGGUCUGGCAGCUGCAGGACGCUCUUCAGCAGAAGCAGCUGCAGGUGCAGGAGCUGCGCCGCCGGGAUGCCCGCGCUUUGAGAGAGCAGGAUGAAGCGCAUCAGCUGCUAGAGACGGCCCAGGUGGAUGCUUCUGUCCUUGAGCGCAAGAUCCGGCAUUUGAGCAGCAGGUCUCCACCUGUACAGGCCUGA